UACCGUAGUUUUUUUUUUUUACGUACGGAUUCUCUAUCUCUUUGAAAUCUCUACAGGUUGUGAAAACUGAUGUUGGUAUGGAUUUCCAUCAUCCACAUCUAAUCGGUGACUGUCUUAUUCACAUUUUCACAUUUCUGAGCGAGGAUGAUUUAAUCAGCGCUUCUACUGUGUGCAAGGACUGGCAUGGAGCUGUAGAGACUCCUUGGUUAUGGAGGAGGAUGUGCCUGCAGCGCUGGAGUUUCUGUAACCUUGCCGCCUUGGGCGGUGACCAGGUGAAGCACUCGUGGAAGAGAUACUUACAGCAGCGUUCCCACCUGGAGAAGAACAUGACAGAAGGUCGGACGGGAAAUUACACAUGCAAAAGCUUGAGAGGCCAUACAGGCAGGGUGGUCGACCUGGUGUACCUGCAGGGCAAUUCAUGCCUGCUGCCAGACUUGUCCAAGAGCAGCGCCGUUGCUUGCAGCGCGUCCACUGAUGGGACAGUUCGGGCAUGGAACCUCCAAAAAGGUGAGAGCCUGUGGUGUAGUCCUGUGCAGAGUCCUUUGACAGGGAUUGUAGCUGAUGAGAAGGCGGAAGUUGUUAUCACAUCAGACUCUACAGGACUCAUUAAGACCUGGCAGGGUCAGACUGGUCAGGAGCUGGCCUCUUUUUCUACUGCAUCUUCGCACUGUACUUUACUGCAGUACAACAUCAACAAUGAUUGGUUCCUGACUGUUGGAACUGGCCAGGGCUCAAUUUGCACACUGGCUGAUUUGACUUUGACUAAAAAGUCAAGUCUAAUGGUGUGUGACUCUUUCAAAGUUAACAUACUCCUCGUUUCACCUGACAAGAAGUGGAUUAUAGCUGGAACCACGGAAAAUGAUGAUUUAAGUCUAAAGGUGAUUAACAGUGAGAGUUUGACCUCACCGUCUGAAGAUGAAGAGUCUCUGUGCCAGACUGUGCCGGUCCUCGGGUGCCAAGCUGCUGUCUUCAUACCCACCCAGCCUGCCAGACUGGCCAUCAUCCACCACACUGAGCUCAGAGGCAACAAAGCCCUCACUGUCUUCGAUGUCAGCAUUAAAAAGAUGAAGUACAAGACGGAGAUCCAGGUACAGCAGAUGGAGUCCUUCCCCUUGACGCUGAACCACUACUCAUCACAAAUCCUUCUGGAGGCCAAGAACAGCAACUGCAUUGUGCUGGCAGCCGGGCAGGAGCUGUGGGUGUACUCGCUGAAAGGAGUCGUGCUUGCUAAUUUCAAAGAUCACAUCAUGCCCAUCUCCUCAAUAUGUGUGGACAGUUUUCGUGUCGUCACGGCAUCUCAGGACCUCUCCUUACGAGUGUUGACGUGGAAGAACGACAAAGACGGCGGGCUCACGCUGGAGAGUCAGUAUCACUUACUGGGAGGCUCUCACACUAUGUCCAGAGGGUUCACUCAUGUUGCCUGUGACUACGCCAGCAUCGUGGCUUCAGUAGAAGGAAAUAAUGGGAAGGACGUUCUUAAAGCUUACUCUUUCACAUCUUGAGCGUGGCGGCCCAGCACAAAGACCAACACGUGGUGUACAAAACCUUCUGACAUUUGAUUUUAUUAUGGACUCUUAUACUCUUUGGUGGGUGUGCGGUGGCAAUUAACAGGAAUGUAACAACCUGCAAUUUGGUUGUUGAGAAAUAAUAAAUGACUAUAAAAUA